GUCUCGAAAAGACGCGGUAACGGUUCUGGCUCGUCCUCGGCGCCGUCUGUACUCGACGUGAUAGCGUGCGUGAACGAGCUCUCAGGAGUGCUGAUCGCACGACGAGGAAGACGGCGUGACACUUAAAUUAAGUUGCGAUCGAUCACGCUUUGGAACUGCUAGCGCGAAACAGACCUUGCUGAUUGGGAUUUGUAUAUCAGGUGGAUCGGAUCGGACUCGCCAUCGACAGUGCCGAUUAAAUAUAUUUUACCGACUGCGUCGUAAUUUCUCCUCCCAUUUACGGUUCUGGUACCCCUUCCUCCUCGUUGCUGACAGCAGAUAUGUAGUAAACCACCUGGGGCCUUGAUUUGUCACAUUAAUAAUCUUCUAGGCUAGUCCAGUUCUUUCCUCUCACCUCUUCUUCUAAAGAAUCACGUAGCCUUCGCUGAGUUCAACACAAGAUCAGUUACAAAAGUGUGCAUACGCCCAGCAUACCAGACCAGAAUAGUAUUUAAAAACGCAUUCUUGAAUAGGGUACAUCAUCUCCCAGAACAUGAUCUCUCACGAUCUGCUUUCUACUUCGCUAUUCGUUUCGACCACCAGGAGAUAGUAAUUUUCUCGAAGACCGUUGGGAGGUAUUCGUAGAAUGCUAUUUGCCGGGAACAAAAAUAAGAAACGAGUUUCGAGGAGCGAAACAAAAUAGCCAGUAACUUUCAUUCUCGGAGGAUUGCGACCUUGGCCAAGGCCGCCGUGACGAAAAAGAACGAAACACGACUCUGGACCACAACUUCAAGGCGAUUCGGUUAUGGAACCCGAUCGAAUACAAUCGAAGAAAAGGUCGACCAGUUUUUGGAUCGAUUCGAGGCUCCCGUUCGAUACAGUUCCCUCGAUUGUGAAUCGUGGCAAAUGACGUUCGACAGGAAUCACUUCGCUGAAGUGUUACGCAUACCAGCAGGAUGAUCCCGUUUUCCACCGCUACCUGGAGAAUCUAUUUUAAUCGCGAUGUUGGCGAAGGCGUUUCUACUGCUAACCGUGAUGGUCGCUGGAAUGUACGCGAAGCCAGUGGUUCAGUCAACCAAUGACUCCAGCAAAAUCGAUGACGGAACGCUCGCAGAAGUGAAAACUGAGGAUGAAGAGGUCAUUACAUCAGUUUUCAACGACGGAGGCGCUGAAAACACUCUUAGCUCCACGACAGCGAAACCAGGAUUGCUCGCGUGGUUUCUCACGCCUCUGACGCAAAACUUCCAAUUCUCUCCGCAAUCGUUCCUGAAGGACCGUAUCACCAAUUUGAAGGAGAGCCUGGGCAGUCUGAACGUGCAAGGGCGCGAGGACACCAAGGCCAAGCAAUUGUCCGCCGCGACUGGCCUGCUUCAGAUUGCUGGCCCUAGCGAUUCGGGAUUUUAUACGAACAGACUCGAGCCAGCUGGUUUUUUCGGCGGGAAUGGCUGGCUCGCGAACAAGGGCGGGAUUCUCGGGGGUCCUGGGGCGAUUCUCUCAACAGGCAGCCUUCUCACGGAUUAUCCUACGCCGUACAGGAGGAAGUAGAGAUGAAAUCGCGGGUGAUGCCUCGCUGAGGAUAGUAGGCGAAGCCCUCGAAGGUAUCAGGGAAUUUUGUUACCGGGCGAGGAUAGAGUUUGCGAGAGGAUAGCGUAGCAAAUGGAAAAUGCACGACGUAUAUUCGCGUUGCUAUUAGAUAUUCUGUAAAAUUAUGGAAGGAUCUGGUUUUUGCAAUGGUAUCGGAAAAUCCUAGUUGGUUCUCGGAAAAUUGUGUUAUAGGUUACGAUCAAUAUAUAUUACAUUUUACGAGGCGUUGGUAUUCUUUUGGAAUCGAUUGAGAAAAAGAUACACCGCGUUUGUAAUGUUUUUAGAAAUAUCUACUUCUCGGUAUCGAUAGGUUCUCUUGGAAUUUAUUCUCAUCCGUUUCAACACUAAACCUACCGAGCUUUCAUUUGUACCUAUUUCUGCUGCGAUGGAAGAAGUGACUUCCAAUUUAAUUUAUAUAUUGUAUAUACAAUUGUAUGCGAAAGUUUAGAAACGGUCAAAUUACUGUUGGUAGGUUUAGUGUUGAAGAUGCCUUGUAAUAAAUGUUAUUGACUUUCAAUGUUCUCCGUUCCUUCCCAUCGUUUCUUAUAUUUUCUUUGCGUAUUGAAUUUAAUUAAAUAUAGCCUCGAGAGUGAUCGAGAAGCGGAAUUAGAUGCGUGUAUAGGACGUAAACAAAAACAGGGGAUCUUCUCAAUAACGGCCGUGGCAAUUCCGCGAAAAUUGUUACGACGCGCGCAGAGGCCAACGCUGAUAUCAAAGUUUUAACAAGCUGUCUGUAGUCCCCCGGUUUCAAGCAUGCAAUACGUGUCGUACAAUGUGCACGCACCACUGCGCCGGAUUUUCUCUAGCAUCAAUUGUUAUGAGCUGUGGAACGUAUCGUGGAAAAUACGCGGCACCACGGAGGAUGAAUUCUGCGGCGGGUCGGUUAUUGGAAAAUGAAAUAAUAUCGGAUAUCCUCUCCGUUGGUAAUUCUCGCAGUUUACAGGAUCGUUCUAUAGCCGCGAGACUCGUUCGCUUCGAAAGGAAUAUCCUUCACGUCAAAUUGAAAUUCGAUGUGAUUAAUCAAACCUGGGAACCCCUCGUCGCGUUGCAAUUAAGAUCGAUUUUCGAUUGCUCCCUUGGGUCCGGGUAGAAGUAUCCAUCGAAUAUCGAAUCUUUCUUUUACGGAAAAUUCUUGUUUAUCGCUGCUCGUUGUCUUCUUUAUCUUCCCUGGAAUUCAUCAGAUAUUAAAGAAAAGAUGUAGCAAUUUGUAACAAAAAAUACCGAGUCGUCCGUGGAAUUCGUUUUUAAACUCGCCGAAAAUAUUCCGAAGUUUAGAUCGAAAUUGUACGAUUAAUCAAAAUUUGUUUCGCACGUCGGCGCCGCGAUUGAAUAAAAUUUCCCUCGAAGCACGAGCAACAGCUUGAGCUUAACGUCGUAGGCGUCAAUCGAUAAACCACAGCAGGAAAGGUGGAACGCUGGGGCUGGGGGUCAUAAACGUCCGUUCUUGUCCAUAGUUUUAGCUCAGUCGGUCGGUUAAGUCGCCAAAGUUCCCGCGGUGGGAGAGCUUGUCAAUUUCUGACAAGCAUCGACGCGUCUGGACCAAGUACGUUACCCAACAUGCUCCACGAUAAUGGCUCCAAAGUUUUGCUCCUCGAGGUCUAUUACUCCGCUCUUACCCUUUAAGAAGACGUUGCAGGAUUACCUGCGUUCCGAACUGAAGACGCUCCCCGCCAUUAUCGCGAGACGUUAAAACCGAAUUAGAUAGCUCGUAAUGUGGGAUGCUGAGUCACGAUUACGUUACCUAAUGUCUGCUUAUUGCCAUGCAUCCUCGCGUACAGCUUAGGCUACAGGCUAAGAAUAUGUAGGCUUGCUAAUUUGAUAG